AUGCUGCGCAGCUGCGAAAGCUCUAAGGCUGCCCAUAAUAAGAAAAUGCCUAAUACAUGCGAGGUUUGCGCCUCGGAACUCUCCAAAUACCGAUGUCCCACAUGUGGGCUGAUGAGUUGCUCGCUCGCCUGCACCCAAUCCCACAAGAUCUACUGUGCGCCCAAAGCGCCAUCACCAAAGACAUCUGAAGAAGUGAAUGGUACCCAACAUCAGCCAGAAGAAGUCAAUGGGCAUACUGGUGAAGAUACGCAUGAGUUACAGAAAGGUACCGAUCCCAGUGUUUUAGGGUCUUCACCUCAGCUUAAGGAGCUGUUCGAUCGUUAUCCCACACUCCGUGACCAGUUACGAGAUAUCUAUAAGGCUACUCUUGAGGAGGAAUGGACUGAGACUCAAGCUCAUGGGGGCCGACGACCCUUCGGACGGGGAAAGGGAGCCCCUCGCAACCGAGGACCUUGGACUCGCGAGAAGGGCUUCAAUAGAGGUUUGGGGAAAGUCAGAAAACUAAGGGAGAUGUGUGAAGAAGGCUCGGAGAUCGGGAAAAAUGCCGAAGGUUACAUGCGAUUCGUAGCCUUGGUCAAUGGAGAGCGUUUCCCUCACGAAUCUGCAUGA